AAUUUGAAAACACCCUCUCGUUUAGAGGCUUUAGGUAGUGGCUACGCACUGGAUCAAGCUAAAGUUAUUGUUUUUUAGCACUUAAUACAAUGGAUCCUUUUAACAAAGAAGAUAUCAAAAUGUACUUUUAUGAGAACAGAUUGAAAACUUUCGAGGGCUGGCCAUUCGACGAAGGCUGUUCGUGUACCCCUGAGAACAUGGCCAAAGCUGGCUUCAUUCACACCCCUUCAGAGAACAGCCCAGACAUCGCCAUGUGUUUCUUCUGCCUCAAAGAGCUGGAGGGCUGGGAGCCGGAGGAUGACCCAGAAAAGGAGCACAAAUCUCACUCACCAUCCUGCCACUUCAUCACUCUGAAGAAGAAAGUAGAGGAACUGACCGUGGAGGAAUUCUUCAAACUACAGAAGGAGAGGCACAAGUCCAUCAUUAACAAAUCCUGCAAGGAGGCCAUCACCAAGUUUGAAGAGGCAGCCAAAUUGAGGAGAGCGGAUAUCAUCAAGACAGCCAUGGGCGAAGAGUGACAGGAGAAUAGAUGCUGCUGAAUGUGAUGGGCGGUGCAGGAGAGAUUAACUGUGGCUGGAAAGCGAUUGACUGGUUUCUCCCUAAGCUCAUUUCUAUAUUCCCUUCAUGUCUUUCUUGUAACAAUGUUUAUCUGUCAUCUUUUAUGCCCUCUGUUGUAAUUUGAUUGUUUUUAGUCAUUAAACUUGUUCUUUUUCGGUUA